AUGCGUUCUUCUGUCUCAGUACUGUUUUUAUUCGUUGUCUGCAUGUAUACUAGCAUCAACGCCGCAUGCCUCUACAAGCAAUUAGGCGGUUGCCCGGCCUACGACAUCUCCACAGGCGUGGUGACUUGCCCAGUAUCUUGCGCAAACACUUGCUCAUGUACUGGCACCAGCACUUUGUGCAGUUGCGGCGCUCCAGACUGCAGCUGUAUCCUUGACACGUCUAACGUCUGCCAGUCCUGCAAGCCUGAACCUUCGCCACUCUGCUCCUGCCUGGCCAAUCUUGACGUGCCUUGCAAUUGUGACACACAGAAAUCAUUUGUGUACUUCCCAGAAGUCAGCUACCCGCUCACGACGCUGGAGAUGAAUCCGUUCUAUUAUAGCACUUGUUUUAGUUACUAG